AUGAUUUCCCCAACCUCGCCCACCUCCCCAGUUCCACCUCCUGUUCCUGUUGACACACACCCUAAUCGAGCAUCGGACACCAAUCCUCCCGGACCGGAUCGCAUCCCUGAUCCCGAUCGUCUUGCGCCGGAAGAUGCCUAUUUCGCCCAUUCUCUGUCCAGGGUACGAUCUGUACCUCUCAAUUAUGAAGACGGUCUGCGCUCCCUGAGGGCAGCCGACUCAGGUGUCGCGACAUUGCUGCCGCCGCGCAGAAAUCUUGGCCACGAUGUCACUCGCAAGGACGUGAGGAAGAUUGGUCCCGCUGGCUCGCGUCGAAGACGAAAGGGUGUAUGGAAAAAGCUGCUUUGGGUCAAACAGUCUUAUCCGGACAACUACACCGACACCGAGACAUUCUUGGAUCAUCUUCAAAGAAACCCACGGGUGAGACCCUAUGAUUUCUGGCCGCUUGUCGCCGAUUCGACUGUCAUCGUCCAGCAUGUUUGUUCAGUCGUCAUUUUCAUCUGCUGUUUUGUGGGCAUUGUUCAGGACCGGGUGAGCCCGGUCUCAAUUGUUUGUUGGGGCAGUGUGGGCACAGCCAUGGGUUGGAUCCUAUGGGACAAUUGGAUCUGGGAAGAGCAGACCGAGCUUGCACGGAAUCUAGUCGGUGUCAGAGGUGGAGAUGACGAGUCUAGCUCGAGCUCGGUGACAAGUGCGCCACAUCCAUCCGGCCCUGACCACCAGUCUACCGUUCUGAAAGCGGAUACCAUUCACGGACUUGGCCUGUCUAUGUCCCCGACUGCACAUCACAAGGAAGACGUGUCUCAUUUGACUUCUGACGAGCCCGGGGCUUUCUAUGGGAUCGCAGACCCAGCUACGCAUUCUGCGGCGUCCUUUCUCUCACCCAGCAGUGGGGUGCCUCACGCGGAUGUGCCGGUGAUAGAGCGGGCUUCACUCUUCUCAUCACGCAAUCGCCAGCGUCUGUCAACGGUCAAAUCGGCAUUUUUGAUAUAUUUUUCGCUGCUGGGACUAAGCCCUAUUCUGAAAUCGCUGACUAAGUCAACCGCUAGUGACUCGAUCUGGGCGUUGAGCUGUUGGCUUUUGAUUAUGAAUAUCUUUUCGUUCGACUAUGGAAGCGGCGAAGGUGCCGGUGACACAACGAAAUUCCCAGCUUCCCUUUCAACCAAUGCUGCGGUCAUGGCGUCUACCGUGCUGGCGUCCCGCCUGCCUUCCACCACUCACGUGUUCAGUCUGAUGCUCUUUUCCAUGGAAGUCUUUGGCCUUUUCCCCAUUUUUCGACGUCAACUGCGACAGAAGUCUUGGACGGGUCAUGUCCUGCUGACACUUGCUCUGGUCAUGAUUGCUGGAGGGGCUGUCGGCACGACGCUAGGUGGAGGCUGGGGCUCCGCAGUUGUUGGGUCUUUCCUUGGUAGCUUCUUGACUGCCUUCGCCAUGGGUGGCUGCAGCUGGUGGCUCAUCAGUCUGCAAAAAUACAAGAAUGUGGUCAUUGGACCCUGGGAUCCCGCACGGCCCAUUAUCCGACGACAUUGGAACUGA